AUGGUUCGCUUCAAAAACCGCUGGAUCCUCGUCGAGUUCCUGCCGGCCCCAGGCGAUCCAGAGCCUACGCGCGGCGCCGUCGAGCUCACCGGGAAGCACGUCUGGGCGGCCCUGCGCCAGAGCGUGAUCGCGCACUUCGGAGACACGGGCUGGGGCGCGGUGGGUGCGUCCCUCAGCGUGAAGUACUUCUCGCCGACGACGAACCUCUGCAUCGUGCGCGUCGCGCGCGAGCCGUAUCGCAUCGCGUGGGCCGCGGCGACACUUCUGUCCUCUAUCGAGGGCAGGCCUUGCAUCCCCAACGUCGUGCACGUCUCCGGCACCAUUAAACAUGCCCAGCUGGCUGCCAUCGAGCAUAACAGGACCGUGAUCGCGCGGUACAGGGCCAAAGCGAACACACCCGCCGCCUACCAAGACUCGUACGCCUCGUACCUCGAAACGAGCACCCAGGAAAUCGAAAGUCUACAGGACUGACGCAUGCCCACGUCGGGGUUCUACAUUUACAUAAGUUAUGAAGAGGCGCGCUACAGCUUGGACUCGAGCAGCCCCCCGACGGCGCUGCCCAUGAUGCGCCGCGUGCCGUCUCUCCGCGCGCGGCGGCGCUCCUCCUCGACGGCGCGCGCCCACUCGACGACGGCGCGCGCGAGCGCGAGCACGUCCGCGCGCGUCGCGCCGGCGUUGAGGCAGAUGCGCACGCGGUCCUUGCCCUUGGGGACGGUGGGCCAGGUGAUCGGGCGCGCGUUGAUGCCGCGCGCGAGGAGGAAGGCGGAGAGCGGGCGCGGGAGGCGCGUGAGGAGGGGGAUGAUGGGCGUGGGGAGGCUCGUGGGGGACGUUGCGGGGUCGGUGGAGAGCGGGCUUUGGAGGUGUGGGGGGAGCGAGAGGAUGGAGGGGUCGAUGGUGGCGAGCUCGGCGCGGAGGAGGUGGAGGAAGUAGGCGCAGAGGUCGAGGAGGUGCUUGGAGAGCUGUAGAGCGGGUUUAUUUUAUUUUUAUUUUUGUUGCUGUGUGCAUGCAUGUAUAUGCGUGCGCACCUUUUCUGCGGUG